AGACCGACCUAAAACUCACACGCUUUCAUUCGAUUUUCAACUUCGGAGCUAAAGACAACUCACAGCGGCUAAAGUAUUGACAAAUUGUAUAGUUUUGCUAACACUCUUGUUUUGGUUUUUAAUGUGCAAAAAUAUUUACACUUUCUAUAACAGAAUUACAUAUAUCUCGGCAGUUUUACAACCUUACAGCUUUUAAAUAACGAACCUUGAGGAGAUGAAUAACAACAACUUGGCGACAUUUUCACCCUUUAUGGGUCAAGGGAAACGCGAUGCUGACAUGAAGUUAAAUCACGGAACCACUGCUGUGGGAUUUGUCUACCAGGGCGGCAUUGUACUAUGCGCAGAUUCAAAAGUCACCCAGGGAAACGUCAUUCUAUCGAAGAGCAUGCUAAAGGCCUUACCGGUGGGUGACCACAUCAUGGCCACGGUAGCCGGCGCAUCCGCAGAUUGCUCCUUCUGGAUCCGGACUCUUGCCUGGGAGUCUCGCCUGCACGAGCUUAAGUACGGUGAGCCGCUGUCCCUCCUAGCCGCGGCCACAAUUAUCAGCAAUGUGUCGUUGGAUGAAUGGGACAAUGGCCGGAACCUCUACAUGGGAAUGAUACUGGCCGGCAUGGACGAAUCUGGUCCCGGCUUGGUCCGCAUCAACUGCGACGGCUUCAUCGUCCGGGGCACACUCUUUGCCGUAGGCAGUGGAUCGGAGAGAGCUCUGGAAAUCUUGAACACCGGUUUCGACUUCGAUCUCAGCGACCAGCAGGCCUUUGACCUUGGCUUUCGAGCCGUCUGCCACGCCUCGAUUGAAGAUGCCUAUACAGGCGGUUCGGUAAGCCUGCAUCACAUGGUCAAGAAUACCUGGAAGACUUUGGGGACUAAGACCUGCAAGGAGCUGCACGAAAACUUCAAAAAGGGCCUGAAUUAUGCUGGAGAGGGUGAGGACGAGGAGUUGUUACCACCCAAAAGGCUCAAGCUGGUUUAAUGUGUUUCUUAAUUGUUCUAUUUUGAUUUCUCAGCAUAAAAAGGUACAUUUCUUGACCAAA